AUGGCCAGAAUACCUGCAGUGAAGAGGCGAAAGCUGACUCCUCCUCCAACGGAUGGAGAAGAUUCAUCUCCCUCAACCCUCGAAGCCGUUCCCCAAACAAAUAGCUUUUUCAAGCAAGCUGCAAAUUGGGAUUUGGAGCAGGACUAUGAGACAAAACCGCGGAAGGGAAAGAAGAAGGAGAAGGAGAGCACGCGGUUGCCAAUUAAGACAUCUGAGGGAUUAGUUCAACAGCAUCUUGAAGUCGAAGAUGCAGAAGAAGCGGAGGUUGAAGGGAGCGAUCUUGAAUGGUCCGGCGUGGAAGGUUCCGAGGAUGAGGUUGAAAUCGAGGACAAGCCCGCACAACAACGAAUGGUGAACACUCGGCAGCAGAUAUUAGAGGCGAAGGAAGAAUUGGCCCGGAUAGCACUUAUGCUGAAUGAGGAUCCAGAAGAGAAUUCUGGUGCUUUCAAAGCUUUGGCGCAAAUUGGCCAGAACAAAAACACGACGAUCAAGAAGCUUGUUCUUGCCACUCAGUUGGCAGUAUAUAAAGAUGUUAUACCGGGAUAUCGCAUACGGCCAUUAUCGGAGCAGGACAUGGAGGUUAAAGUGUCAAAGGAGGUACGACGAGUACGGGCUUACGAGCAGGCCCUUGUGGGGAGUUAUCAGGCAUAUAUUCGAGAAUUGGCAAAACUUGCUUCAUCAGGACAACCAGAUUCUAGCGAUGGAGGCCCAAGUCUUACCAGCGUUGCUACAUCUUGUGCAUGUGCACUGUUGACUUCCGUUCCGCAUUUCAAUUUCCGAGGAGAGUUACUGAAGAUCUUGGUCGGGAAACUGAGUACCCGGAAAGUGGAUGAGAAUUUUACCAAAUGCAGGGAGACCAUAGAGACGGUUUUCCGCAAUGAUGAAGAUGGGACGCCAUCUCUAGAUGCGGUGGCUCUCAUGACGACAAUGAUGAAAGGGAAAGGAUAUCGAGUCGAUGAGAGUGUAGUGAAUACAUUCUUGCAUCUGAGACUACUGUCAGAAUUCUCGUGGAAGGCAUCUAUGAACCAUGUUGAUAAACCGAAAAGGGGGGAAGAGGAAAUGCUUGCCAAGAAGCCGAAGCAGGCAAAGGUGUUUCGGACCAAGAAAGAAAGAAAACUGAUGAAGGAGCGUAAGGUCAUUGAAAAGGAGAUGUCUGUGGCCGAUGCUAGUGUCAGUCAUGAUGAGCGGGAUCGCAUGCAAGCUGAGACCUUGAAGUUAGUCUUCGUGACUUAUUUUCGGAUAUUGAAAAUGCGCAUGCCAAAUCUCAUGGGCGCUGUGCUGGAAGGACUCGCCCGAUAUGCGCACUUAAUCAAUCAGGACUUCUUUGGCGACGUGCUGGAAGCUCUAAAGGAUCUCAUUGGUCAUGCUGAAUCGGGGGAUGAUUUAGAAGACUCAGACGAAAGUGAUGAAACAACCAGGAAUUUGACUAGAGAGGCGCUCCUCUGCAUUAUCACGGCAUUUGCUCUUCUCGAGGGCCAGGAUGCCGCCAAAGCACAGGCAACACUCAGCCUGGAUUUGAGUUUCUUCGUUACUCACCUAUAUCGAACACUACAUGGCCUAUCGCUCAACCCAGAUAUCGAGCUAAGUGCGAAAUCUCUCCAUCUCCCGGAUCCCAAUAACCCAUCUGCAUCACCGCUUCCAACAAGAAACAACAAGGUCAACAUCCAAACCACCACUGUUCUACUCCUCCGAUCUUUGUCCUCGAUUCUCGUGCCACAACUUGCAGCACGUGCAGUGCCUCCUCUUCGAAUCGCAGCGUUUACCAAACAAUUGCUCACGUCAUCACUCCACAUGCCCGAAAAAUCAUGUACAGCCAUAUUGGGGCUUUUGGGCAAGGUUACUAAAACACACGAGAAGAAAAUCGCUGCGCUAUGGAGCACAGAGGAGAGGAGAGGAGAUGGGACAUUCGAUCCGUUAACUGGGGAAGUGGAGGGUAGCAAUCCGUUUGCAGCUACGGUAUGGGAAGGCGAGCUGUUGAGGAAGCAUUUUGCCCCGUCUGUCCGAGAUGGGGUCAAGACUAUGGAGAAAAAUAUUUUGGGGCUGAGAUAG